UUCUUUCCUCAUAAAAUUAAUAGCCUAGAGUAAAGAAAACCCUUGUUUGCUUCCAACUUGUUCAUCACCAAGCCAAGCUCCAUGUUCUAGUCACCCUAGAAUACUCAGCUUACAAACAAUUUGUUCAAACUAGUUGGUUCCUUCCAAGGUCUUGUACUCAUACUCACACGUGUUGUUCUUUCUCUGUGUGUGUGUGUGGAUAUUGUAAAAGUGGAUCGAAGGUAUGGAAAGGGAUUGGUUCCACCGGAAACGUCGGCGGCGGAGAACCCUUCUUGGAACGAGUCCGACGUCACCGCCAUGAUCUCCUCUCUAAGUCGUGCCAUCGAGUAUCCGACAGCCGACGGACACGACCCGGUCAAACAAGAGCUUGAUAGAUCGGAUCAACUACAACAAGACCAAGAUCAACCAAGAAAAAGACACUAUAGAGGCGUAAGGCAGCGACCAUGGGGAAAAUGGGCGGCCGAGAUCCGUGACCCGAAGAAAGCAGCCCGUGUAUGGCUCGGGACUUUUGAGACAGCAGAAGACGCCGCUUUAGCCUACGACCGAGCAGCCCUCAAAUUCAAAGGCACCAAGGCUAAACUCAACUUCCCUGAACGCGUCCAAGGCCCAUCAACUACAAGCUAUGUUGCAUCUCAAUCCGGCACUGACCAUUCCCCAAGAGGAGGUAGUGAAUUAAUGAACUCGCCUCCUCCUCAGCUUGGUCCAUCUACUACUUCGUCGUGGCCAACGAAUUAUAACCAGGACAUACUUCAGUACGCUCAGUUGCUUACGAGUAACAAUGACGAUGCUUUAUCGUACUACACGUCGAGUCUCUUCAGUCAGCAGCAGCAGCCUUUCUCAACGCCCUCUUCAUCGUCUUCCUCUUUAGCUUCCCAACAAACGCAGCAGCAACAAGAGCAGCAGCGUGAAGAAGAGAAGAGUUAUGGUUACCACUAUUAUAACUAUCCAAGAGAAUAAUAGACAGUUAUUAUUGUCGAUCUAAUAAGUUUUAUAAUCUCUACUACAUUCUCAUUUUGGCUUUUAUUUCCAACCUUUUGUUGCUAUA